UUUUCUUGAAACCCCGAUCACCCACCGGGGCCCCACCGUCGAUGGACACCAUCUCCGGUCUCAUCAACUUACAAAAUCAGUCAACCCUACCAACAUCACCACCUACACCUCCUCCUUCAACAUUAAAAACCGCCACACAACAACCACCACACAUCACAACCACCACUCUCACCGCCGAUAUACCAUUCUCCACCUCCAUCAACCAACUCCACACCUUCUCCACCGCCUUAUCAGCAUUCCUCAACCACUACGACGACUUGCAGACUCAUAUCAAUUUCAUUACCUCAUCAAUCGACUCCAAAUUGCCACCUCAUCUCGUUGAAACUGUUUGCCCUAACUUAUCAGCCCUAACGAACGUGCGUUUAUUAGAAAUUGAUUGUGAUCGUACGAUAACCGCUUCACCAGAAGUCAGUUUGUCAGAACGAAACCCUAAGGUAAGUGAUAGCGCCAGUUUUUCGCAUAAUUCUGGAGAAAUUGAUGCUUCGAAUAAGCUUGAAGUUGUUGAUGUAUCGAAGAAUGUUGAAGAGAUUGAUGUAUUGAAGAAACAUGCGGAAACUGAUGCUUUGAAGAAGCCUGUUGUAGAAACUUUUGUUGAUCAAGCGAUAAAUGAUGUUCUAGAAGCCAUUGUUUCAGAACAAAACCCUAAGGAAAGUGAAAGUGAUUGCGAACCGAAUCAUGAGUCUGCAACUGCCGAUUUUUCGCGCAAUAUUGAAGAAUUUGAUGCUUCGAAGAAGCUUGAAGUUGUUGAUGUGUCGAAGAAUGUUGAAGAGAUUGAUGUAUUGAAGAAACAUGCGGAAACUGAUGCUUUGAAGAAGCCUGUUGCAGAAAUUUUUGUUGAUCAAGCGAUAAAUGAUGUUUUAGAAGCUAUUGUUUCAGAGCAAAACCCUAAGGAAAGUGAAAGUGAUUGCCAACGGAAUCAUGAGUCUGCAACUGCCGAUUUUUCGCCCAAUUUUGAAGAAUUUGAUGCUUCGAAGAAGCUUGAAGUUGUUGUUGACGUGUCAAAGAAUUGUGGAGAAAUGGAUGCGUCUGAGAAUUUUGUAGAAAUUGAUAGUUCGAAAAAGUGUGAAGAAAUUGAUGUAUUGAAGAAACAUGUAGAAACUUUUGGUGAUCAAAGUAUAACUGCUUUUCCAGAAGCUGCUGUUUUAGAACAAAAGCCUAACGGAACGGCUACGAGUGGCGAACGGAGCAAUGAAAUCAAUGUGAGGACACCUGAAGGCCUUGAAGAAACUUGUAUCGGUAAGGAUCCUCAAGGAAUUGAUGUACGGCAGAAGCCUGAAGAAAAUUAUUCUUCAAGGAGUCCAGAAGAAACCUACACUUCGAAGAAGCAAAGAAAGCGAAGAAAAACUGGUAAACGUAAGAAGGAUAAGGAUAAGGAUAAGGAAACGGCUUUAAACAAGUUUGCGGGGAAAUUGCAAUCCUUGUGUAAAAACAUGUAUACUAGGGGAAUGAGGCGGUAUGUAGCAAAACAUUUAUCUGAAACGUUUAAUCUUCGCGAGGAAAUUAUUAAGGCGUUGAAGCUGGCUAAAGAUCCUGCAAAACUCGUUCUAAACUGCACUGGCAAUUUUUUUAAACAGGAAACUGCAGGAAGGCUGGCUUCAGUCUUGGUGUUGGAGUGUUUUUUGAUGAUCAGUAAUGAUGAUGGCAUUGAGAUCGAGAAAAGAGAAUUCGAACGUGCAUUAAAUAAUGCUGUAAUUUGGAGAAAACGGAUGAUCAGAGAAGGUGGAUUUGGACACACGGACGAGGUUGAUGCCAGGGGUUUGCUUCUGCUUAUCAGUGGAUUUGGGAUUCAAGAUGAUGUUUUCAAGACUCAAGAUAUUGUGGAUUUGAUUCAGGCUAGUAAUGUGAAGGGAAUAUCAACCGCACUUCGUCGUUCAGCUUUUCUUAUGCCAAAAAUUCCAGAUGUAAUUUCAUUGAUGGUGAAGAAUAAUCUAGAAAUUGAAGCUGUUGAUAUUGCCUAUACAUUCGGGUUGGAGGAUACGUGUAACUCUCAGAACAUAUUGACGACAUAUUUGCGCAAUAAAAUUAAAGAUAUUCAGAACGAUUCGCCUUUCCAAACGUUGGAGGCAAUGAAGCAGCAAUUACUUGAUCUGAAAUCAGUAAAACAAUGUUUGGAAUCUCACAAAGUUGAUCCUUCGACGCUUCUUCCCGACUUAAAAAUCAAUGAAAAUAUACAAAUUCUCGAGAAAGAAGUAAACGAAUCGAAAUUAAUCCAAAAAAGGAAGUCUUUAGAAAACCCAAUUCAUCAGGAAGCAAAGCGUGCUUGUUUUGGUCAUGAAAACAUGCCACACCACCAUGAACCUGUUGAUAACUACGGCAUGGUGUUAGAGCAAACCCCGAGCGAAAGCGCUAGUGAUUGCGAAUGGAGUCAUGAAUCUGCAACGAUGCCUGAUAGCACCGAUUUUUCGCACAAUUAUGAAAAAAUUGAUACUUUGAAGAACCUUGAAGUUGUUGAUGUGUCGAAGAAUUCUGAAGAAAUUGAUGUGUCUGAGAAUCCUGUAGAAAUUGAUACUACAAAGACGCUUGAGGAAUUUGAUGUAUUAAAGAAGCAUGAAGAAUUCGAUACAUUGAUGAAACAUGCAGAAACUGAUACUUUGAAGAAGCAGGAAGAAAUUGUUACAGAAACUUUUGGUGAUCAAACCAUAGGCGUUGUUUCAGGACGAAACCCUAACGGAAUGGCUACUAAUGGAGAACAGAGUCGUGAAAUUGUUACGGCACCUGAAAGCUUAGAAGAAAUUAACGUAUUAAAUAAGCUUGAAGAAAUUGAUGUCUUGAAAAAGCCUGAAGAACUUGAUACUUCCAUGAUUCCAGAAGAAACUGUUCCAGAAACUUCUGUGGUUUCUGUGUUACAAUCCUUUUGUGAAAGCAUGAGUCCUAGGCAACUGAGGCAGCAUGUAGCAACACAUUUUUCUAAAAUGAUUAAUCUUCGCGAGGAAAUUGCAAAAUCGUUGAAGCUAGCGAAAGAUCCUGUGUAUCUCGUUCGAAGCAGCAUUGGCAGUUUUUUUGUCAGCCGCAGUACAACAUUCCGCGAUUACAAUAAAAAGUUAUCAAGAAUGGUUGCAGUUUUGAUUUUGGAGUGUUUUGUGAUGAUCAGCAGUGAUGGCAUUGAGAUCGCAAAUAGUGACCGGGAAUACGCUGCAAAAGAUGCUGUAAUUUGGAGAAAACGGAUGAUCAGAGAAGGUGGAUUUGGAAAAACGGACGUGGUUGAUGCUAGGGGUUUGCUUCUGCUUAUCAGUGGGUUUGGGAUUCAAGAUCAUGUUUUCAAGAUUCAAGAUAUCAUGGAUUUGAUUCGAGCUAGUAAUUGGAAGGGAAUUUCGGCUGCACUUCGUCGUUCAGCUUUUCUUAUGCCAAAAAUUCCAGAUGUAAUUUCUUUGAUGGUGAAGAAUAAUCUAGAAAUUGAAGCUGUUGAUAUGGCCUAUACAUUUGGGUUGGAGGAUAUGUGUAACCCUCAGAACAUAUUGACGACAUAUUUGAACAAUAAGAUUAAAGAUAUUCAGAACGAUUCGCCUUUUCAAAAGUUGGAGGCAAUGAAGUCGGUAAAACAAUGUUUAGAAUCUCACAAUGUCGAUCCAUCGAAGCUUCUUCCAGACUUCAAAAUCAAUGAAGAAAUACAAAAUCUCGAGAAAGAAGUAAGCGAAUUAAAAUUAAUCCAAAAAAGGAAGUCUUUAGAAAACUCAAUUCAUCAGGAAGCAAAGCGUGCUUGUUUUGGUCAUGAAAACACGUCGAUAAAUCCUGAAGAAAAUUGUACUUGUGAAGAGAUUGAUUCAUCAAAGAAACGUUCAGAAACUGAUUCUUCGAAGAACCCUGUUCCGGAAACUUCCUAUGAUGAAACCAUAACAGCUGUUCCAGAAGCCAUUGUUUCAGAACAAAACCCUAACAGAAUGGCUAGUUAUCACGAACAGAGUGAUGAAAACGUGAGGACACCUGAAAGCCUUGAUGAAACUGAUGUAUUGAAGAAGCCUGAACAGACUGAUAUUUGUAAGAAUACAGAAGUAACCGUCGUAUUAAAGAAGCCUCAAGAACCUGAUACUCCGAUGGUUCCAGAAGAAAUUGAUACCUCGAAGAAACCUGAAGAAACUGUUCCGGAAACUUCUUGUGAUCAAACCACACCUGCGGUUCCAGAACCCAUUGUUACAGAACAAAACCCUAACAGAACGGCUGCUAAUCGCAAACAGAUCCAUGAAAACGUAACGGAGAAGUCUGCGAUUUCUGAAUUAGAAUCCUUGUGUGAAAGCAUGAGUUCUAAGGAACUGAAAUGGCACGUAGCUGCAAAUUUAUCCGAAAUGAUUAAUCUUCGCAAGGAAAUUGCAAAGACACUGAAGCUCGCUAAAGAUCCUGCAAAACUAGUUCUAAACAGCAUUGGCUCGUUUUAUGUACAGGACCGUAAAAAAUUCUUGCAGAAAAAGCAAGAUUUAGGAAGGAAGGCUGCGGUUUUGAUUUUGGAGUGGUUUGGGAUGAUCAGCGGUGACGGCGUUGAGAUUGCGAAAAGUGACGAGGAAUUCGCAGCACAAGCUGCUGUUGAGUGGAGAAACCGGAUGAUCAAAGAAGGUGGUUUUGGAAAAACGGACGAGGUUGAUGCCAGGGGUUUACUUCUGCUUAUCAGUGGAUUUGGGAUUCAAGAUCAUGUUUUCGAGAUUCGGGAUAUUGUGGAUUUGAUUCGAGCUAGUAAUGUGAAGGAAAUUUCCACUGCGCUUCGUCGUUCAAUUUUUCUUGUCCCGAAAAUUCCAGAGGUAAUUGAUUUGAUGGUGAAGAAUAAUCUGGAAAUUGAAGCUGCUGAUAUUGCCUAUACUUUCGGGUUGGAGGACAAGUGUCGUCCUCUGAGCAUACUGGCGACAUUUUUGCGCAAUCGCAUUAGAAAUAUUUCAAGCAGUUCUUUUUUUCACAUGUUUCAGUUGGAGGAAAUGAAGCAGCAGUUAUUUGAUCUGAAAUCUGUAAAACAAUGUCUGGAAUCUCACAACAUUGAUCCUUCAGUGCCUUUUCCCGACUUCCAAAUCAAUGAAAAAAUACAAAAUCUCGAGAAAGAACUAAACGAAGAAAAACCAAUCCAAAAGAGGAAGUCUUUAGACGGCCCAAUUUAUCAGGAAGCAAAACGUGCUUGUUCUGGCCACGAGAACAUGCCACACCACCAGAGUCCCGUUGAUCAUUAUGGCAUGAAUCGGUAUCAUCAGUCAACACAGCUGAGCACUAGCUACUUUGACCCUUGCCGAGACCUUCAUAAUAGUUACAUCAGUAACUAUACCCCUUCAUCUGUAUAUAAUUCACCCGCAAUGCAUGAAACUAUAACCAGCACCGUGCCCAAUGGUCCAGCCGUCGGUAGUUUCAUUGGUUCCAAUGGCCAUAUACACCAUUCGGCUAAUGUUAAACCUUACGGUCGGCAUGAGCCAUAUGUUCAGCAUUAUUCAAGACAUGGUCAAACAUAUGAUUCACAACCUUAUGGUAGAGGUAGACCGUGGGAGUGGGGCCCGCCAGAACCGUUUCCACCAUCUAAUCCAUUGGGUGGCUUUCCAAGAAGGCGGGGCCCAACCUCGGAUCUCUACAGUGAUGCUGAUAAAAUUGCAAUGAAAUACUUAAGGUAGUAGUGGUGCAUAAUGUUCGGUCUUACUUUACCUGAAUUAGGGUUAACUUAAUGCAUGCCUAUAGGUCGUUGUGCUUUGAUACAACAGUUUUUGUAACUCUCCUCUCUUUGGUACACAUGCUGUUAUCAGAAGUAGUGGCAGUUUUUUUACAAAAUGAUAAUGUUUCUUAAUUUAUAGAUAUUU